CAAACGGCAAAGAUGGCGUCACAUUCAAACGGAUAUUGAGACAAACAUCUGUAAGUUCCUAUUUAAACGUACUAUACUGUCGUAACUUCAUCGCCACCGAGUUGUAUGAAGUAUAAAACAUUAUUGUUAUUUCAGAAGUUCUUACAUUUGUUGUCCAAAAUGCACUUAUUUGACCGCUUCGACAACGAUCCUCUUGUUUUGGGCAAAGCGGUCUUGCUGGCAAGGCAACGUUAGCUAAGCAACCUAACGUUAACUCAGCUAUCUCAAGGGUCUCUGACUAGCAAACAAACUAUCAGCGGGUUUACUGUCAAGCCAGAGAGGAAGCUAUCCAAUAUAGUUAGCCAGCCAAUGCCCAAUCCCGUUGCUUCAAUACUCCGCAAUUGUAUUUUUCGUUUACUUGCUAGCUAGAUAUUCUCAUACUAGUGGGACCUAUCUAGUUCACGUUAACUAGUAGUAGCUGGCUAGCUUAGCUCAUCGCCUUCACUUGUAAGGUAAACAAAACAUGAUUGUGUUUCCAAGGUUACAAAUAGGCUUUUAGCUAACCAGAUAUGCGCAUUAUUGGCUGUGUAAUACAUUCUCAGGGGACAACAGACUAGAAUCUGUAAGUCUGGACAGAGUAUCCUCUCUGACCUGGCAUUAUGCCAACGGAAAGACCAGCGGCAGUCACUUCGGAGCGGCUCCGGCAUCAUGACCGACCCAGACGAAAGGACAGUGUGCAGUCCAAGCCCUCCCUGCGGGCCUCACACCCCAGAUCAGCGGCUACUGCAGCCAAGUGCUGCGAGGAUGAGAUCAACAGACUGAAGGAGAUCAUCUGUGCUCUGCAGGCUGAGCGUCACCAACAGCGCUCCAGGGAAGAGGAGGGGGACAAGCUGGGGGGUGUUGGACUGGGACCGCGGGGGCCCGAGGAGCUACGAUGGAGGAUCAACCAGCUGGAGAGAGACAAGCUGGAACUAACCUUCAAACACAAUGAACAGGUAUCCUCUCUAGAGGGCCAGGUGACCAGGCUGAGAGCAGCAGUGGAGAGAGGAGAGGCACAGAGACAGACUCUUGAGUAUGAUAUGGCUGUGACCAGGAAGGAGGUUGGAGUGGAGAGAAGUAACGUCCAGGAAAACAUGGCUGCUCUCUGCAGUCAGAAUGAACAACUCACGGAGCUGCAGCAGAAAGUGUGUGUCCUUCAGAAGGCUCUGGAGAUCACGCGGAUGGCCCGGGAAGAGGACCAGCAUGCAUUGCAACAGGAAUUGGAGGAGCGGGACGGACUGGUGCUGAGCGCUAACACAGAGAAUGAUCAGCUCACUGCUGAGAACAAACACCUACACACCCUGCUGCAGGAACAGGAGGAGACUCUGCAGGAGCUGAAGAGGAGGAUGGGGGAGGUGCAUAGAGAGAGGGAGAGAGACGGGGAGGCACUACGACGACAGACCAGCGAACUGGGCUACAUCACAGAGAGAGAGGAGAGAAUGAAGAAAGAACUAGAGACCGCCCUACAGAGAGUCAAGACUCUAGAAACCAACAUAGAGUCUGAGAGAGCUGCUCAUCUGGAGUCUAAAUUCAACUCUGAGAUCAUCCAGCUGCGUAUCCGUGACCUGGAGUCAGCUCUACAGGUGGAGAAGUCUAGUCAGGCUGAAGCUGUGUCCAGUCUGGACAUGAUCAAACAACAGUUCAGAGAGGUGGAGAGAGCCUACAGCAUAGAGAGAGACAGGGCACGGGACGCUACUGGCAGACUGGCACAGCUGGAGAAGGACUACCUGAGUUCUAAGGCAGAGUGGAGUGCAGCGGUGGAGAAGGAGAGAAGAACUGCAUCACAACUCACAGACCAACUACAGGAACUACACACGCUACAUACACACAGCCUGACACAGCUGGACAUGGCUCGUAAGCGUCAGGUGUUACUAGAGGAGGAAUUUGAGAGCUAUCUUAGAGAGUUACAACAGCUACUGCAACUACACACCGCUGUAGGACCACCCACCACAGAAGAGCCUGUUGGAGAGGGAAGAAAGCACAGCCCAUCUACUGUCAUGAACAUGUUGAGGACCACCCUGACUACAUACCAGACCACCCUGGACCAGACUACUACAGAGGUCCUGGAUCAGCAGCAACAGUCAGAGAGGCUGGUCCAGGAAGUGCAGUCCAACCAGCGACUGAUGUCAGAACAGAAGUGUCAUUUAGAGGAGCUCCGUGUAGCGCUGUCCGACUGUAAUGUAGAGUUACAGCGUCUGAGAUCCCAGUGUUCUGACAAGACGCUCCAGACCAACAGACUACAGACUGACCUACAGACCGCCCAGCAACACUGGGAGAGGGAGAGAGACAGGGAGAAGCAGAGGGAAGGAGAGAGGGAGAAAACGAGGGAGAAGCAGAGGGAAGGAGAGCGGAAGAAGGAGAGAGAGAGGACAGUGGAGUUGCAGGCAGAAGUACAGAGGAUCAGACAACUCAAUCAGAACGAUUCUCAGGAGAAGUUGUCGUUCCUUCACGGUCUGUUCCAGCGUCUGUUAGCGGGCUGCGUCCUCGUCUCCCAGCCGCAAUGCAUCCUGGGUAGUUUCUCCUGGGCGGAGCUCUGUGAUGUCAUAACGGAACACGUCGACACCCUCACCUCUGACCUUACACGCGCCAACGAGAGGAAUUAA